GCGGGGGUUCUGGCCGCCGGCCUACCGCGAUGCAUUUUGGGAAAGCAGCAGCACCAGAUCCAAGAUGGCGGCCAGCAGGAGGCUGAUGAAGGAGCUUGAAGAGAUCCGCAAAUGUGGAAUGAAAAACUUCCGUAACAUCCAGGUUGAUGAAGCUAAUUUAUUGACUUGGCAAGGGCUUAUUGUUCCUGAUAACCCCCCAUAUGAUAAGGGGGCCUUCAGAAUUGAAAUAAACUUUCCAGCAGAGUAUCCAUUCAAACCACCGAAGAUCACAUUUAAAACGAAGAUCUACCACCCUAACAUUGAUGAAAAGGGGCAGGUUUGCCUGCCAGUAAUUAGUGCUGAAAACUGGAAGCCAGCGACCAAGACUGACCAAGUAAUCCAGUCCCUCAUAGCACUGGUGAACGACCCCCAGCCCGAGCACCCACUCCGGGCUGACCUAGCUGAAGAAUACUCUAAGGACCGUAAAAAAUUCUGUAAGAACGCUGAAGAGUUUACAAAGAAAUAUGGGGAAAAGCGACCUGUGGACUAAAAUCUGCUGUGAAUGAUUCCAGCUAGUGUGAGCAGAGACCCCAAGCAGUGCAUUCAGACACCCGCACACAGGACUCUGUGGAAUUGACACAUGCCACCACCUGGCGUUCGCUUGUGGCAGUUACUAACUUUCUACAGUUUUCUUAAUCAAAAGUGGUCUAGGUAACCUGUAAAGAAAGGAUUAAAAAUUUCAGAUGUUCUAGUUCUGCUUUCUUUGUUUUAAAAUCACUGCUUUAGUCUACUUCAAAAGAAUGGCAUUUCUUUUCUUGCCCAAAUUUACCCCAAAUCUUCAAGUUACAGUUAGCCCAGGUUUAAAAAAAAGAAGGUUGUGGUUUCCUCCCCUCCUCCUUUCCUCUUAUAACUCCCAAUUUCUUGCAUUCAGUUUAUUAUUCACUUCCCCAGGCCAAAGCCCCAGCUCCUCCAUAAAGAAAUGGCUCUAGCAGCUUCUCUUCUCCUGUCACACUGCCCCAUGGAUGGUAGUUCAGAUUCUCCUAAUACCAGUUUAUAACAUCCUUUUUAAAAAUUAUAAAACAAGAAAAUAUCCACACUUCUUCUGCUAACAACCCCCCCCCCCAAAAAAAAAGAGCCUUGUAAAGGGAAGCCACUUACAUAAAAAUUUAGUUAAAUGGUUCCACAAUUAACAGACUCAGUGGGCAAACCCCACUGUCCAUGUCCAUGGUUACACUGCCUGGCUGGGCCUGUGUAGGGUAUCCUGAAAUGCCAGGCUUGUAGUGACCUGGGAGGGAGGGUUUGUCAGUAGAGGACAAUGUGCACUUGUGUGAUGAAUUUCUCUCCAGAAAGGCUCCUGAGGCCAAAGGUUAGCACCCUUCCCUGCAGCCGUGUUAGAAGAUCUGCUGGUUAUCACAGGCAAAAGCAAAAGCCAGAAUAUCCUUUUGAAAGUUCAAGAUUCUCCAUCACUGAGCUCCGUCGGAAUGUGCCAAGGAGCUCCACAACUCCUCAGCACAGCAACCCCACUGCCCCCUCUCCAUGGUUUGACCCUUUGCGGGAUUGGAGUUGGUGGGACUCUGCUUUAUAGCCAGCUGCCCCUUCCUUCAGAGCAACUGCUGGUCCAGUCCAGGAACAGGAUGGCCUUCCCUCUCCCUUUGGACUCACAGCCUUUUGCAGAGUCAAGCUCCACUUGAAGCUCACUCAGUAAUAUCCUUUCAAUGUGUUUUAUAUUGUUUUGAUUGCCUUUUUUUGUAGAAAUAAAAAUUGACCUUAGAAUUUAUCAUCAGAUGAACUUUGUCAAGAUUUGAAUGUUAAUGUCUUUUCAAGGCAAAUGGGACUAUCCCUGAAGCAAUAGUGAACACAUGGCACUCUGACACCCUGAGGAAGCUGAUGGUUCAGUCGCCUGUGUAUCACCAAUGUACUUCUGCUGGGGGUCAGGGGGGUAAGAUCCUGUGGAUAAGAUGGUUUCAAGAAAUCUUGCUUUCUGCUUUUACUCUAGUUUUAUAACUUGAGGGCUUCCUGGGUCUUACACUUUCUGUAAAGAAGUGAGAAUGGACCACUCAGGCAGUGUAGUACUAUUUAUUUGUCUGGGUACGUGGCCUAUGUGGUACGUAAAUGAACUAGGCUUCUUUAGUCCUAGGUAUGCAAGGGGCAGGUUUCUAGAGACUUGCAUGCGCCCAGGAUGGCAAGAGCAUUGGGCAGUCAUUUCCAUGUCUCUUCACUGGCAGAAAGGUGACAAUGGAUUUUAUCUCACUAACAUUCAGAUUUGUAAUAAAAUGCCAAAUUCUGUCAGAAGCUAUCCAAACAAACCACCAUUUGUUCUUGUUGCUUCUCUGAAUCCAGUAGUCCAUCUUGGAAAUUGUCCUAUUGCUUAGCUCUGCCUGCCUGUUCACCCUCACUGCUCUCUGCUCACUGUAGGAGGGUACCCUUAUGCCGGCAGCCCCUCUCAGGGACUCUUAACCCCAGUAUUGACACCCAUGGCCUGCCCUGGCAGCAGAGGCCUGGCUCAGAGUCAAUGCGUAAUCCUCCCUGGGCUUAUGUGGCUUGCUUCUUCCAGCCCUGCCUUGGAGCAGGCUUUGAGCAAGCUGGUAGCCAGUCCUGGUUGCUCCACAAUUGAAGAGUUGGAUCCUCUGGAGAAGAGGAGAGCUAUGGAGCAGCCAGCCAGCCACCGCUGACCCAGGCUGGCUCAGGAAUUCACAUCUCUUUGGUUCUCUAAAGUGCCCGGGUCCUUGCCCUACCCCUUCCACAAUGGCAGAGAAUAGGCUUUCUAAGAUGCUGCGACCCCAUUCUGUCCUUAAUAAAAAUGCUCUCCAACACUG